AUGACUACCAAGCUUGAAACAUCAAUUGAGAUAAAUGCUCCAGUUUUCAAAGUCAGAAACUUCAUUUUAAAUUACUCCAACCAUUGCAAUUGGAACCCCUUUUUCGUAAGCUUUGAAAAGCUUACCAAUAAAAAUAGAAAGGAGCUUGCUAUUGGUGACCAAUUGAAAAUUGAAGUAGUAUAUCAUGGGACUUCAAAGGUAAUGACUAUUUAUCCAACUGUUAUUGUAAACAAUUUUGAACAAUUGAAAUGGAAAGGCAUUUUGGGAUUUGAAUGGUUAUUUUACGGCGUGCAUACAUUAAAGUAUGAAUCGUUAGAACAUGGCACAAGAACAAGACUAAUCCAUACUGAAGAGUUCGGAGGAUGUUUAGCUACGUUAUUUACUUGGCUAGGUAUUACUGAGAAAACUGAGCUAUCCUUCAAUGACAUGAAUGAAGCUUUAAAGGACGAGAUUGAGCUGCUUGAGUAG